CGAGAUACCAGGAAGUUCAAGGAAGCUGCUGUUCUGCGCGCUCACUGAGAUCCGAGGAAUAUCAAUUGAGGAGCAGCGAGUACGGAAUCGAUGCCCAGGGAAAACCUGGAGGAUCCGGAGGAAAAUCCACGCGACCACGGGGAGAGAGAGACUUGCAAACUCUAAAUAUACAUCCAUAAUACAGCUGACGCUUCCUCUGACGCUUCCUCUGCGGGAUUGGUCUGAUGGAGCAAAGUCACUCAGCGCAGCUCGGUAUAAAAAGGAAACAAUGCGACCAGUAUGCAAACAGCACGGAUCGUCCUGGAAAUUUGACACAGCACCAGAGAACUCACACAGGAGAGAAACCUUUGAAGUGCACUGUGUGUGAGAAGGCAUUUGCCAAGUCAUCAAAUCUUAAAAAACACCAGAGAACACACACAGGAGAGAAACCUUUCAAGUGCACUAUGUGUGAGAAGGCAUUUACAGAGUCAUCAAAUCUUCAGAGCCACCAGAGAACACACACGGGAGAGAACCCCUUCAAGUGCACUGUGUGUGAGAAGGCAUUUGCAUGGUCAUCGCAUCUCAAAAGACACCAGAGAACACACACAGGAGAGAAAUCUUUCAAGUGCAAUGUAUGUGAGAAAUCAUUUGCACAGUCGUCAUAUCUUACAAUACACCAGAGAACACAUACGGGAGAUAACCCCUUCAGGUGCACUUUGUGCUCGAAAGCAUUUGCAGAUUCAUCACAUCUUAAACUACACCAAACAACACACACAGGAGAGAAACCCUUCCAGUGCAGUGUGUGUAGGAAAGCAUUUGCACAGUCAUCAGAUCUCCACAGCCACCAGAGAACACACACAGGAGAGAAACCUUUCAAGUGCAGUGUGUGUGAGAAGGCAUUUUCAAAGUCAUCAAAUCUUAAAAAACACCAGAGAACACACACAGGAGAGAAAUCUUUCAAGUGCAAUGUGUGUGAGAAGGCAUUUGCACAGUCAUCAUAUCUUACUAUACACCAGAGAACACACACGGGAGAUAACCCCUUCAGGUGCAAUUUGUGCUUUAAAUCAUUUGCAUAUUCAUCACAUCUUAAACUACACCAGACAACACACACAGGAGAGAAACCCUUCCAGUGCAGUGUGUGCAGGAAAGCGUUUGCAUUGUCAUCAUAUCUUCAGAUCCACCAGAGGACACACACGGGAGAGAAACCCUUUAAGUGCAGUAUGUGUGAGAAGGCAUUUGCAAAGUCAUCAAAUCUUAAAAAACACCAAAGAACACACACAGGAGAGAAACCCUUCAAGUGCACUGUGUGUGAGAAGGCAUUUUCAGAGUCAGCACAACUUAAAAAACACCAGAGAACGCACACAGGAGAGAAACCCUUCAAGUGCAGUGUGUGUGGGAAGGCAUUUUCAGAGUCAGCAUAUCUUAAAAUACACCAGACAACACACACAGGAGAGACACCCUUCAAGUGCAGUGUAUGUGGGAAGGUGUUUACAGAGUCAUCAAGUCUUCAAAGGCACCAGAGGAAACAUACAGGAGAGAAACCCUUCAAGUGCACUGUGUGUGAGAAGGCAUUUGGACGGUCAUCAGUUCUUCAGUGCCACCUGAAAACACACACAGGAGAGAAACCCUUCAAGUGCACUGUGUGUGAGAAGGCAUUUUCAGAGUCCUCAAAUCUUAAAAUACACCAGAGAAUACACACAGGGGAUAAACCCUUCAAGUGCACUGUUUGCGGGAAGGCGUUUUCACAUUCACCACAUCUUCAUAGACACCAGAGAACACACAGGCACCAGAACAUUCCCAAGAAAUGUAGUCUGAAAUCGACUUGUGAAAGUCAAAGUGCUGCAAUGAGCCCAUCCCUCCUGAAUAAAGAACCAGAAGUUAAUACUAGCUUGGACACUAUCAAAUGUAUCAAGGUGAAAUUUGAAGAGGCGAAGGUGAAAUGUGAAGAAGUGAUGGUGAGGAGCGAAGAAGUAAAAGUAAAAUGUGAAGAAGUGAUGGUGAAGAGUGAUGAAGUGAAGGUCAAAUGUGAAGAAGUGAUGGUGAAGAGUGAAGAAGUGAUGAUAAAAUGUGAACAUGAAGAUUCAACUCCAAUAUUGGGCCUUCACAUCGAUGGAGGCAACGUGAAGCAGGAGGAGAAUUCUGACUGUGAGGCAGAGCGAGGCAACUCCCAGGAGUUUGUGGACGUUGAGGUGUGGGUGGACUUCUUAGACAAUACAAAGUCAAAUGGAGACCCGGUAGAUGUGUAAGCUUGAGACAAUGAAGCUCCAAUAGAUUCACCUUUGUCACAGGCCUUUAAUGAAAAUAACGUGAAGUUGAACUCUCAAUUCCUAGGUUCAACCUGCAGAGUAAGAGCAGCCAGCAUUUGCGGACCUGUGGGUUGGGUAGGUUUCUCACCAGGAGCCAGAACCAAUAAGCUCCCAAGCAUUCACUAUGUUAUAAUAAUAUUAGCAUUUAUAUGGUGCUUGCUUAUUCGCCUCAGUAACUCAGAGUUUUGUAUCAUAUCUUAUCACAAACACUUGAAGAGCAUGUUGUCUGUAUACCUUUUCCAAAAAUGUAUAUUAAGAUUGAUUCUGCAUAUAUUUUUAUAUAAUCUUGAUCGGGAUGUCGAGCUGGGGCACGGAAAGGGUGAGUCACCCUCACCCCUCCCCUGUUUCCUCCUGACUUGCCACACAAAAGACAGCUGGAGGAUAAUUACAAGCCUACUGAGAAGUCAUACAAUGUAAUAAAAAAACGCCAAACCCAAAGGGGGGAUCAUAUUCCUGCAGGAAUCCCAAGUUGACUUCAAGAGAAGGCCUCCAUAAAGGAAACAACCCACAAUAAAACAAACAAGAUGGAAACAGCAGGAGUCACGAACCUCCCCUGACAGUGAAAUCCACCCAAGGGUAGUUAAUCAUGAGCUGACUGGGGGUUUUAAAAUACAACAGUAAAGUUAGAAUCUUAGCUAUAUCUUCAAGCUCGGGAUAUCAAAAUAUAACUUGAUAAUAAGAAGCAAGAAUCCUUGGCGAUACAGACGGGGAACAAAGGUUAAGCAUGAACCAAAUAAUAGUUAUGAAAGUUUUAGACCUAGGGUCAUUCAGAAGAGAUACAAUGUGAAAUAUGUCAACCACACGACCAAGAUAAUAUGUAUUCCACAGGAUCAGAGCCUCACCAACCGCCUUUGUCUUCCAUUAGCUAACAAAACAUGGUAGCAGUAAAUUAUGUAUGCAGGGGGCGCCUACCCCUAAAAUAUAAAAUACCACGCAAGAAUUACAAAGCGCGACGCGAGUGUUGUGAACGCUGCUCAAAACGUACUUUGAGUCGCUUGCCGAGUCAACUGGAAAGUGGUACGGUACCAAGCUAUAACAGGUGUAAAAUAAAUAAAAAUUGUUUAACUUCCAACCUGUGUUGAGAGGACAGAAAACAUGAUUACAGCAAGCACACCCGUGCACAAUAGGUCACGACUUCAAAUGCCAGAGCGCCCCUUUUUGAGUCUGAGGCGAAAAAAUGUAACACUUCCAACCCGUGAUGGGAGCGUGGGGAACGCUGCCCAAAACGUGAACGGAAACAUGGCGGUAAUAAAGACAUCCGGACAACAAAUAGCCCAAGCGACUUCAAAAGGAAAACAGCUGCCCCUUUGUCAUAAGAAAGUGCCUGAGGUGGAAAAAUUCAGAUAUAAGCAAGAACGCAACAACAGAAAUCAGUACUGCGCGUGGCAGGCUCCGGGGAUUUUCUCGUGACUGGCAAAUUGAUAGGGACCUCUGUAUCGGCAGAAGCCACGCAUCACGGAGAGUUUUUAAAACAUUUUUGCGUGAUUGAGAGAAUCUGCCAGCCAAGGCUGGUACUCGCAGUCUUACAAUACAAACGUGGGGAAGAGUGCUGUGGCAUUACUAUUCCCGGUGGCGAGGUCGCUGUAUACAACCAACACAUGCGAUCAUAGAGUGACAAUCAUUCCGAUUGCUCCAAUCAAAGUCAACCCUUCAAGGGAAAACCGCUAUUCGUGAGAGUGCCUCUUUAAAUCACAACCCACAGGCGAAGUUUGGUUGAGGGUCGGAUCAGAGACUGACAUGGAACGAUAUAACUUGAUCUGUAGUAUGUCCUCUGUGCAGCACGAGUCGUACAGACAACUGGAAGAGGACUCUAGAGAGGGGGUGGGGAGACGGCAGAUGCUGUCUGUCCAAGUCGCUCCACAGUCUACAAGGAUCAACAGUGUCUGGUGCCAAGGGGGGUGACGUGCGGCAACCAGCGGACGAGCUGCGAGCAGUGUCUGGUGAUGGGAUCAUUGCGCACAUCGAUGCAGACGGAGCCGGACCCAUCAUCCCUGCCAGCACGGGCACCGUCGACAGCGUGACCAGCGUGCCGACUUGGCAACCACCCCAGCGGUGGAGAGAGACUGACAAAGCAGCCGAGAGCGCCAUGUGUUUGACACACGCCAACCCAGCGCCCCUGCUGGAGGCCUGAGGUUUUCUGUACAAGGAACACUGCACCUCGGAAGCCGCUAACUCAAUAGUUAGCAUGAAGACACCCAGACACAUAACACGCUUGGUACUAUAAAGAUUGUUCCAAAAAGUUAUCUUGGUUUCGAAAAGGGUUGGCAUCCCAAUGUAGUGCGUUAACUAAUAGACGAUCGUGAAAAGCAUUGAUCUGUCCAUUGCGUUACAUGAAUGCGGUCGUUUAGAAGUAUUUUAGCCAUUUGAUUUCAUUAAUUGCAUAGCCUUACUAAUACAUUAGUUGAUGACACACUAAACAUUUAUAAGCAUCUAUGUUACGAAUCUACAAACUCACAGGAAUACUGUUGUGUUGAGAUUUUUCUUUUGAUCACAAAAUCUUUCCCGCGAAUUAAUUGAUGUCCCAUUAGCCAAUUGAUAAGCAUCUGUUAGCCAAACAGGCACCCUAGCACACACACUUGCUUCAGGACAUUUUGUUAAUUGUGUAAUGAGUGAGCGCCACCUGGGGGUUACAGGGGAUAUUUGCACGGCCACCGCUGGGUAACCGGUAUCCAAUCUGGAGUAGGAAUUCAAUCUCGGCCAAGGGUAAUGGGCGGAGCUACGGGGAAUAUUCGGGAACCAUCGAGAGGGUUCCACGAGGGGGCGUGGCCGUAGGCGGAGCUCGGCUCCGCCGGGGGGAAUAUAAGCGGAGGCAGGAGAGGACUUGGGGUUGGUGUGGGAGCCUCGUGUCCGGACUGCAUCGCCGCUCUACCUCUCCUCGCCAACGACCAUGUGGCGAACCUCCAGCAAAGCCGUAUCCUCCCCGGGCACGCCGACAGCUAGCGGCGUGAACGGGGAGAGAAAGCGAGAGGAAGAUGGAGCGCAGCAGCGGAUGGGAAAGCAAGAGAACUGCCCUGAGAGAGAGAGUGCGGAGCUGUGCAGACAUUCUAUUAAUAAAUGACACCAAUCCAGAGUCAUCGUGGAAGUCGUUUAUUACAUUUGCAUAAUCUUACCAAUGAAUUCAUUUGUCUACUUUUGCCAUUGGGCAUAUUUCUUUAGCACGUUUCGAAUGAAGAUUAUAAUUUCUUUAAUGACUUUUCCUAUCGCUGUGUAUGGUCGCGCUACUCUGAGGAGUUAGCCGAUUAUUCUGUUACUCAGUUUUAACAAAUGUAACCAUGGAGGGUUAAUUGUAUGGAUCAAUGAGUAGGACAUCUUCAGGAGUACGGUGUUGACAAUUCUGAUCAUAAGUGUGUUCGCAUAUUAGAGUGUUUUUAGAUAUUAAAGUUGCUUAACAUAGAAGAAUCUGAGUGGUUCCUUCCUAAGUUAAUGCACAAUAAUCUUAAUUGUAAGAACUGUAUCCUGCGGUGAGAUCUGAAUUCUGAGACCUGACAAUUACGCUAAAACAGAAUCAGUAAAAGUUAAAGCGAUAAUCAUUGUAUUAUCACAAUUGGUAAUACAACCCUAGACAACGAAGCUGAGCCUAAUUUGCAUAAUUGCAUACAUUUGUUGAGAAGUGUCGGACGACUCGGAGGCAAGUUUCCAAGUAAGAGCUUACGUCG